UAAAUAGCAGUUAAACAGACCAAACAUUUAUUUGUGCUCUUAAUUGAAAUAUAUAACCGGGACUAGAAAUGAAUCUUAAAUACAUUAUUUACAUCAUGUUCAUACUACACAGAAAUGUGAACGCAGUCGAAAAAACAGAAGACACAGAAAUAUACAAGAUGACCGACAAGGUUUUUACGUGUAGCAAAUGGUUAUCUGCAAUUAUAUACAACUUUUGUAAUAAUGUUUAUAAAGUAGUGAAAAGAGACACAUCGUUGUUAGACAAGCUGACACCAAAGGAUUUACUCAAGAUUAAAAACAAACGAAGGGAAUUUGCAGACGUCAGAUGGCGUCGCGUCCGCAGACAAGUAGCGAGUGAAUGCUGCGAAAAACCUUGCACUGUAGGAAAUAUUAUAAUGUAUUGUCCAGAUGAUGCAAAAUUAUUAAUAGAAAACCCCAAUCUAUUUGAUUAGAUCUUGUUAAUUGACGGAUAUUUUAUUACAUUGUUAACAGUCACGUUUCGAUGUAUAAACAUUACAUCGAAAGACAAUAAAUUCCACGGUAUAGGUAGUUGCGCUUACAUUUUAGCAUCUAGAGGGUUCUCCCUAAAAUAUACAGUUCAUACCGCUCUACCGUAAUUAUUUUGUUAAUAUUAAAAGAUAUUUAUUUACGUAAGAAUUACCUAUCAAAAUUGUGGACUUAAAUAAAUAGAUUCAAAUUCAUUUUAAAACAGCUAGGCAAGAAUGCUAGCUGCAUUUCCAUAAUGAAUUAUGAUUUAGACUCUCAAGGUUUUGUAUAAAAUGUAACUAUCCCCUAAGAACACAAUUCAUUUAUAGUCAAAUAAUAUUUGUAAUGACAGGUAAUUUGACAGAAGACUUAAUUUACGAGUCUUUUGUUAUUGUAACAGUUUCAAUUAAGAAUUGAUUUUUAAUAAACGGUUUAACAUGUAUCACAACUAAGGUGUUUAUUUCUAGUGUUUUUGUAACACAUUCAUUCUGUAGCAAUAAAUAAAGGAAGAGGAGCAACAAAAUGUCUGAUGAGAUUUAGUAGGUUUUUAUUUGGGUUUGGUUUAUUUUAAAACAAUCACACAGUUAAGCAUGAUCAUAAACAUCCAAUUUAUAAGCUUUUGUCUUAUACAUUUAUAUGUACAUAAAAAAUCUCAGGGGUAUUGGUAAUCUGUU